AAGGCUGUUUACAUCUGGGUAGACAGAGUUGUAAAUACACCCAGUAAGCCAUUGAUAAGCCCAGUGAUGCAAUAUUUGCACUAAUAGUAUAGAAAAGUUAUUUAUCUUGUUAUUAAAUUUGUGGUUAAACAUUGGCUUUUAAGUAUUAUGAGGUAUACAAGAGUGAUAUGAUGUUGUCAGAAGGUCCAGUGGAGAACCUUAUUGAUGUUGACCGACCAUGGGCAUGGCCAUGAAGAUUGUGUGCUGUGAUGAAACAUCUGCAAGCCUGAAACAGAUGGACCAACAAAACCUCAUGCUAUAACGCAGCAAAUUGGAAAAAUAAGGAUUAAGGAUUAAGGAAGAAGAUGUAAAAAUCUCAACUCUUGAAACAAUUACUUAGUUAACGGAAGUUUUGUAAGUUUCAAAUUCAAAGAACACAAGAAGUGGAAAUCGUUAUGAUCCUAUAAAGAUAAUUUUAUUUAAGUUUAUUGGAAGUUUAUGAAGCAAAGACAGGAUGUUUGAAAUGGGAAUUACCAGAUUUGUGAAAUGGCAGAGGAUGAAAGACAGUAAUGAAUUAUGCACUUCUGGCUUCGUUUGAGAGAAGGCGUUUUGAGAGAAGGCGCCUCUUUGUUUUGAAAAAUUAUUAUGAGGUAAUUGUAGGACAAUGAAGUAAUGAAAUCUUGUUAAAAAAUUGAGGGAAUCAAUUUAGGGACUGUUUGUUUGUCAAGUCAGCACUAUAUUGUGCUGAAAACAUUGAAAAAGUUUACCUGGGAGAAGGCAAGAUGAAGAAGAUGUACAGUCGGGUGAGCCAGCAGAUGCCCAGGGUGCUGUUUCUCUUGUUCAGUCUCUCCGUUAUGACCAUGCUGUAUGUAGCAAAGUUUGGUGUUAUGAUGGACGCACAGUUUCAUGAUGAAAGGAAUGUGGAGUUCUCUAGCAAACAACCGAGUGAAGCUGGCGAUGAAAUGCAUCAAAAACAAAACAAUGUUAUACAGUCCUUACAGGAAAGGAUCCGAUCACUCGAGGGCAUGUUAGAAUCGACCGACCAGAAGGCGAAGAGUCUCACACACCAGAUUUCAAACCAGUCUUUGUUAAUACGCUCGCUUCAGGAGUUUAGAAUCAGUUCAGACACUCAGAAACUUUCCACCGCAACAGUAAAAGAAAAUGAUUCUCUUUUAGACAAGAUAAGAAAUGCGGAUAUUCUUAAGGGCGUGUCUUUAAAGUCAGAAUAUGAACUUAUACCAUUCACGAAGUUUACAUUAACUAAAAUAUUCCUUGUUGAGCCCGGACUAGGAAGAAGAGUUGUGGAAAAACCUAUUGGUUAUAAACGUAAGGAUAUUCUAGAUGUUGUAUCAUACGCUGUUGAACAAAUGAACAGAAACCGGACAGCACAGAUGAGAAAAUAUGCAGUAGAGGACUUCAUUGAGGGCAUGUACAGAACGGAGCCUCUCUCUGGCACACAGUAUGAACUGUUUUUUCGAGAUGUUGAAAAUCUUCAGAAAUAUAUUUACAGAAAAAUGACUGUUGUCCGACCAUUUGGAACUCUGUAUAAUGUUGAAGAACAUCAUAAAAACACGUCCAGCACUUGGGUUAACCUUAUUCUACCUCUAUCUGGAAGACUUGAUGCCUUCCAGCAGUUUAUGUCCCGAUUUAUUAAAGUUGUUAUCAACCAGGAUCGACGGGUAUUUUUGACUGUUGUGUACUUUGGUACUGAAGGACUUGAAGAUGUUAAAAAGCUCAUGACAGCUACUGCGAAAGAACAUAGAUACAGGUAUAUGAAACUAGUCACAUUGAAAGAAGAGUUCUCAAGGGGGCGGGGUUUACAGGUUGGAGUACUUAGUUGGAAGAACGGGGAUGUGAUACUGUUUCUUUGUGAUGUUGAUAUAGUUUUUACGGUCGAUUUCUUAGAAAGGUGCCGAGUUAACACUGAGCAGGGGAGAAGAGUAUAUUUCCCGAUAGUGUUCAGUUUGUAUAAUCCAAGUGUCGUGUACAGUCUUCAAGACAUGCCAAUUCCCCCAGAACGGGAACAACUGGUAAUAUCACGGAACACUGGCUUCUGGCGUGACUUCGGGUAUGGAAUGACUUGCCAGUAUCGCUCAGAUUUCAAGGAGAUGAAUGGAUUUGAUGAAUAUAUCUCAGGGUGGGGUGGUGAAGAUGUAUUUUUAUAUCAAAAGUAUGUAAAAAGUGAUUUUAUGGUGAUCAGGGCUACAGACCCAGGUAUUUUCCACUUGUGGCAUGCUAAAAGCUGUGAUCCCAAACUGAAUUCGGAGCAAUACAGAAGUUGUAUACGGUCCAAAGCUCUGAAUGAAGCGUCUCAUGCACAGCUUGGGUUGUUAGCAUUUAAAGAAGAAAUUCGUGUUCACAAAAGUCUAUCAGGAAAUGAGUCCCUUAAGCUUUCGCAGAUGGGCUCCAUAGAAGGGCCGUCACUUGUUCGUACACGGGAGACAUAUCCUCCUGAUAGAUGAUAUUUGUUUGCAUUUUCGUGAUUUUAAAUUGUUCAUUUGUGAUUGACAAAGUCCUGUUUUUGUUCAUUUUAAUAGUAACCAUUCUUUCCUAGAGUUUGUUUUUUACACAAAACCAAUUAUUUUUUAAAUUUUCUAGUAAUAGACACAUGGUUUCACUGUUUUUUUAUUUGUAUGAAAAAUUAAUGAUGCAAUGAAUGUUAAUUUUUUGUCACGUAAUGCUUAAGGCAUACUGCUUCCAUUUUCUAGUCACACUUCUCUAAACUGCCAAGGGAAGAUACCCUGAUUUAUGUUCUGAAGUUUACUUUUAUAAGUUAUCUACUCUUAUGUUUUAUAUGGAGUUUGAUCCUUACCUGAAUUGUGAAGUUUUGAAGUCAUUGGCAAUCAUGUAUUAAAAACUUCCUUAAAUCAUGUUAGGCAUAUGUUUUCUAUUUCUUGCUUUCACAAUAUUCUUUGCAAGAAUAAAGUUAUUGAAUAUGUUGGCUCUUUAGUUUGAAUUGUUAGGUGCAUUUUUUUACAGUUAAUUUGAACAAAAGUUAUAUGUUUAAACGGUUUUGUAUUUUCUAUGGUUGCAAGAGGAUAUGUUUAUUUAUUUUGUUGCUGUGUUCAUUUCUGUAUUUAUUAUCUAAAUCAUAUUAUAAUGAAAAAAUAAUAAUUAUGUGCCUUAUUAAUUAUAGUUUUUUUGGAGUAUCUGUCAUAUUUGCAUAGAUAUUUAAAUUGUAAAUAAAUAUAUAUUUCUUGU